GUACAGGUUCGAGAGCCUUGAUCUGGGAAUAAAUAGAUAGUUGAGUAGUCUGAUUGGAUAUAAAUAUGUGAUAGAGGUAAUGAUUGCAGUGCUGUGGCGUGCUGGCGAAGCCGGACAGCGCUACUACCAGGGCAGGUGUGGGACUUGGGCUCCCGGGGACUCCGCACUCCGACAGCCUGUGCGUGAGAGGGUUGUGAGGGAGGCCAGAACGCGGCUGUUAACUCGGGAAAUCUCAAGCCCUCAUGCAGACGAGGAAGUCACACCCGUGUGCUGGAUGUAGUGUCGUACCCGAGGGACGGACUCUUACGUUUCCACAUCUUCUGGCCACCACGUGUCUACCGCCGGUCUCCUCCAGGACCUGUCCUCUGCGAUGGACGUCGUCUCUUCAAUUUGCUCACGUUGGGACUGAGGACAUUCCUCUUCUAGUGGACCAUUGGCGAGAUGUUUGUUUACGGGUUCCUGUCAACGUUGCUGUUCUUUCUUAGCUUGUGUGAUUCCAAACGUCCAAUAACGACACUGUCCUAUGAAGAUCAGCUUGUGAAAGAAAUCCUGCACAAAUACCGCGUGCGAGGCAAAUAUGGCCGCCCAGUCCGGCGUUUCAAUGACACUCUGAAGGUCGCGUUUGGAAUGCAGUUGAUACAGAUCAUGGAUCUGAAUGAGAAGGAUCAGAUUCUGACGCUGAACGUAUGGGAUCAGUAUAAAUGGAGAGAUGACGACGUUGAAUGGAACAAGACAAAGUAUGGAGGCGUGGAUAAGGUCCGCAUUCCCUGGAGCAAGGUUUGGCUGCCUGACAUCAAACUGUACAACUAUGCUGACCAUCGCUUGGACGAGCAGCGGAAGUCCCUGUGCGUCUUCCACCACGAUGGCUCCAUUCUAUGGAUGCCACAGGCCGUGUAUCGCAGUUCCUGCCAAAUUGACGUGACCAAAUUUCCAUUCGAUAUACAAUCGUGUCAUUUGAAAUUCGGGUCGUGGACCUACAAUGGACAUAAAAUUGAUGUAGUUUUCUACGAAAACCACGACUUCAUAGAUCUCGCAGAGUACGUGACGAGUAACGCCUGGGAAAUCAUCGAUGUGCCUGCAAAUAAAAACAUAAAAUACUACAGCUGCUGCCCUGAGCCUUACGUCGACCUGACCUUCAGGUUGAUCUUCCAGAGACGAGCCACCCUGUACAACUACAUCCUGAUCCUGCCGUGCGUCCUCCUCACCUCCAUCACUCUCAUCCUCUUCUGGAUUCCCCCGGAAUCACCUGCAAAGAUGCAACUUGGGCUUACCAUCUUCAUAGCGUUUUUCAUCCUGCUGAAACUUUUGGAGAAAAAUUUGCCUCCCGGUACAACGAAAAUGCCGGUACUAGGUAUCUACUACUGCCUCAACAUGGUCAUCAUCACCCUGUCCUCCUUCCUCAACGUGCUGGUGGUCAACCUUGCAGCAUAUGGUCAACGAGCAAACCUGCCCGCUCCGGCAAAAUCAGUAUUGUUUGAUGUGUGUGCAAAGGUCCUCUUGAUGAACGAUCUCGUGCGGCCAUUCAAACCGGAUUCCCCAGGCAAACCAGGGGCAAUCGUGAAGGACAAACUGGGAGAAAUUGACAACAAGUGGAGCGAUGAUCCAAUGGCAUCGACAGAAGUUCUCGUCCAUCUACAGAAAGACUCUAAUCUAGCGCCACCCCCUGGGCUACCAGAGGACAAUACGUUAAAACAGUCAUCAGGACUCUUGGCCUCCAUUGACACAAAACUGUCAGACUUACGGGACUUCAUUCAGGGUCACAAGCAGCGGCUCUCAGACAAGGACAAACGGGAACGCCUCGUGAAGGAAUGGAAAGCUAUUGCUCUCAUUCUGGACAGAAUCUUCUUUGUUAUAUACUUUGGCAUUAUCGUUGCAUCACUUGCUGUCAUCAUUCCAAUCAUCACCUUCAGUGUUCAGUACACCAACACAAGGAUGGCAGAUGCUUCGGCAAAAUCUACAUGAAAAUCGUUGUCCCUGAAGUCUUUAUCAAUACAUUUCCACCAGAUGCCAAAUUGCUUCAUGGUUUGGUCUGCAAAGUUAAGGUGGAUGACAUGGUAUUUACGAAAGCUUCCAAGUGUAAUGACAAUUGUUUGCUAUAAAUAUAUAUUUACGUAGCGGUAUCAUUAUGUAAAAGGAUAUUUGAGCAUAUGAAACAACUCAUGCAUCAUUGAAACAUCUUUGUGCACCAGUGCCAUGUGCUGCCAUUCAGAAAGGCAAAUGUUUGAGAAUGAAGUAAUAGAGAUGACAUUUUACGGUGCAGAUCAUGCGUUCAUCGAGACUGUGCAGUAAGACAUGUAUUUAUAAAUGGUGAGGAAGAACAUUGGUUUUGAAUAAUUCAUGAAUAGGUAUCCGAGAUGUGCCUACCACUGUGCCAUUUUUAAAGUCAGGCAUCUGGAAGGACAAAAUCACUUGAAUCGAUCCCAACGUUCCAUUUAUGCACAGUCAACAGGCUCAGACACAGGCUCAAACACAAGCACAGGCAGAUGGAACAGUUGUGUCAUAGCCUGUGCCUAUGUAAGCCAUAUGUAACACAGAGACACGGGGAUAUGGACGCACAAUUGUCCACGAAGCGUUAAACAUGACACGCACUGACACUUAAGACUGUAGUACCUGUGUCUCAAAUACGUGCUUUUGUGAAGCCACAGGCACAGGCACAGGGACAUGCACAGGAAGAUGGACAACCUAAUUUCUUAAGUACGUGUGUUGUGAACUGUACAAGUUAAAUGCCACAGGUACAGGAUGAUAGGCAGCCACUUUCAUAAGUACGCUGUGUUGUGACCUACAAGCUACGCGUUAACAGCUACAUGACAAACAGAUGCAUCAUCAACCGCGAACAAGGCACCUUUAACUAGUAUACAUUCAAACUAUAUGCAACAUGCACAAGCACGUGUCGUUAUGGACAUAGACAUUUAUACAAUAUAAGCUUUUGGGCUAAUGUUUGACAUUCUACAGUAUCUGUCGUUAACAAUAUGCAUGAUCCACAACGGAAGCUGAAAGGGUAGGGAAGGGAUGCUGGUAGCUCUCAUCUAAUCUCAUCAGCGAGACGUAGUUGUCCAACUGUCGCCAGGACCCUGACGGCCGAGUAUAAUACGGGGAUUGCUACUUCCACGAUCAUCCUUUUUAAGUGAAUUAUUGUGACUUUUUAGACAAACGACGUUAUUCCACUUUUGUGAUCCUUAUUCCGGUAGUGAAAUUGAUCGUGUUCCAUGGCUGUCCCUGAGCUAUUUUACAUAUUCCAGCAAUAAGGAAAAAAACCCAUUACGUUGAGAUUUUUUUCUUUGGACUGUCUUACAUUCUAGCAAUAGCAUAGUGGUGAUGCAAGAGCAUCUGCUGAUGUACCACAACAUAGCAUAUUAAAUGAAACGACAUAUAGCUGACAAUCCCACUCAAAUUGAAUCGUCUGAAUAAAGACAUGUUCGAGUCAGUUCACACCUUGGGUAGCAGUCACAUAUAAGAACCAUAUAGUUAGCGUUCGGAAUGUGGGGUUUCCAGAUUGACGAGAUCCACAUUACCAAGGUUUCACAGAUAAAGAUGAUACAGUAUGAAUCGAAUAUAAGCUAACAUCCUAAGGGAGAUGAUUUCAAUGCAUUCAAUAUCAAUUAUGUUUAUACAACGAUGUCGAUGUGUUUUAGACUGACAUUGAUAUGUGUUUCAUUGGGAGUUGUCGUUUGACGUCUUGACGUUACACAGAACGAGAAGGAUGGCAAUAAAAUGGCACUUUGAUGUA